AUGUCAAACCCAUCACAUAAUCCAAAACAUCAUCUUCGUGAAGAAGAUUCCAAUGGAACUCAAGAUGGACCAAAAUCAACUGUACCUAUCAAAAGAUCUAAAUUGGUUGGCUCAUCCAAUUUAGUAUCUCCAAAUUUUUUACCUAGAGAUUUAAUAGAAACUCCAUUGCAAACACGUGCUGCAUCUCCAUUGACUUUAAACCCACCAAUUGAUAGCGAUGGAUUAUCAUGGCCAUCUCAAGGAGCAAGACUUAGAAUAGAGCAAACGUCAGAAGAAGCUAAAGCCAGAGAAGAACGUAUUGCCUCGGCCGUAAAAGUAAUCUUGGAAGAAUUGGGCGAGGACACUUCACGUGAAGGAUUAUUAGAAACACCUGAACGAUAUGCUCGUGCCAUGUUAUAUUUCACAAAAGGAUAUGAAGAUAAUAUUAGGGAUGUUAUUAAAAGAGCAGUUUUUGAAGAAGAUCAUGAUGAAAUGGUUAUUGUUAGAGAUAUUGAGAUUUAUUCACUUUGUGAACAUCAUUUAGUUCCAUUUUUCGGGAAGGCUCACAUCGCAUAUAUCCCAAAUAAAAGAGUUUUAGGUUUAAGUAAAUUGGCAAGAUUGGCAGAAAUGUAUUCAAGAAGAUUUCAGGUUCAAGAAAGACUAACCAAACAAAUUGCCAUGGCAUUAAGUGAAAUCUUGAAACCAAGAGGUGUUGCAGUAGUCAUUGAAGCCACUCAUAUGUGUAUGGUCAGUAGAGGGGUUCAAAAAACUGGCUCUUCAACUACUACAAGUUGUAUGUUGGGUUGUUUCCGUGAUCAACAAAAAACCAGAGAAGAGU